AUAUGAUUGGAUUCUGGGAAUUGUAGUCCUUUAAUCAGUUUCCUUAUUCAGCCUACGUUAGGUGGUGGAAUCUGUUCUUCAAAGAAAAGCACACGUGAAAAUAUUGACCAGGGUUGUGUGACUUUAUGGAAACAUGUCAAAGAAGCGGGGCAGGAAGCGUAGCAACGAAGAGUUGAGCGAGAGCUCGGCAUCCACCAUGAGCCCCGACCCGGACAACCUGCUGGGUCACAGAAUCCAACACAACUGGCGGGAGAAGGGCAACGUGACCAAGUGGAAGGGCACGGUUCUGGAGCGGCUGACCGUCAACAGCUCCCUUUACAUGGUCAAAUACGACGGCUUUGACUGCAUCUACGGCAUUGAGCUCUUCAAAGACGGUCGAGUGUCAAAUCUCCAGGUGUUGGCUGAGAAAGUUGUGAAUAAUAAGAUCAAGGUGCCUCCCGGGGCAGAGGAGCUGGUCGGCCGGGCGGUGGAACAUCUGUUUGAGAAGGAGGACGGCGAGAAAAAUGAAUGGAGAGGCAUGGUGCUUUCUCGGGCUCCUAUCAUGACCCACUGGUAUUACAUCACCUACGAGAAGGACCCUGUGCUCUACAUGUACCAGCUGUGGGAUGACUACAAGGACGGCGAUCUGCGUGUUCUUCCCGAAUCAGAGAACAAACACCUGCUCCCAGCAGACAGGAAGCCUGGGGAGGAGGCAGAGAGCCUCGUGGGUAAACAGGUAGAGUACGUCACAGAUAACGGGCUCAAGAGGACCGGGCUGGUCAUCUACCAGGUCCCCGCCAAGCCCACGGUGUACUAUAUCAAGUACGACGACGACGUACACAUCCACGUCUACGACUUGGUUAAAACCACCUAGUCCUCGUACGGACAGUCCCAGCCGUUUUGACUCAGCCAGUCGUUGUUACCAGUCGAAGUGUUAGCGGCGACUCCUACCCACCCCAAGCUGGAAGGAAAUGCUGCCGAAGAUGACAACUAUUCAUUUCAUGGUCUUGCAAUAUUAAAUUGAGGAUGUCUAAUAACAACAAAGGCAUCUUUAGUGUAAAUACAAUUUGUACAGGCCGGCAGGUGACGACAGCUGUUAAAUUCUACUUAAAGAGGGCCAAAUUCAACUCUAAAUAACAUCCCCCCCCCCCCCCUUAUUUUUUACAUAGUCACACAUUGUUAUUAUACUUCAUACAGAAUAUCUGGCUGUCCUGUCGUGCUUUACGUGUCUUACUGGGUAAGUUGAAUAUCAAAGUUCUAUUCAUUUGAGUGACGUGCCGAUUUGACCAUCGCAGUGAACUCAAGAUAUCAGUUGAAUUGUUCAGACGUUGAUUGUGUCACGGAUUAUUCAGGAUAAAAAACGAAAAAAUGUUUAUAAUAUCUCAGUUCUAUUGUGUAAACUGCAAGUUUUCUACUCUAAUGUUGAUGUUUGCUUCAACAGUGUUUGUGCUCCAUGCUAUUUAUAUUAAAUUGUUUUCGUUUUGAAGCCAAUCAUUAUUUACUGAAACUAAAUUGUGCGAUAUGGCCUCAACAUAUAUUGUAAUUGUAACCCUGAAUUAUUGUUCUGUAAAUAGUCGAAUCAUUUUUAUGAUGCUAAUCAAAGAUGUUUGAAAAUCA